AUUCAAUCGGCGCUGUCGUCGCCCCAGACUUACCUUCCUUCUCAUCUCUCCUACUUGAUUUGCUUGGAUUACCCUUUCUUCCGCUUAUAUUUGGUUUUGAACACUUCUCUCCCUCUGUUUUUAUCUUAAGAAUUUUCGUUGCUUCGUCUACGGCCGGUUUAUGAGUGUUGCCUCCGAGCUCCGAUUCUUAGCGUUCUGACGAAUACCACGACUGACUACGAUCCCUCCAUCUGUUACUCGUUUGAUUUGAGUCCGGUUAGAUUAUUGUGCAGUCAUCAUGGGUGUUCCCAAAUUCUUCCGCUGGCUGAGCGAGCGGUAUCCCGCCAUCUCGAUGUUGAUCGCGGAGAACCGGAUACCGGAAUUCGACAACCUAUACCUUGAUAUGAAUGGUAUUAUUCAUAACUGCACCCACAAGGAUAGCGAUUCUCCUACAUUUCGCAUGACGGAGGAUAAGAUGUUCAUUGCUAUAUUCAAUUACAUUGAACAUCUGUAUGGAAAGAUUAAGCCAAAGAAGCUUUUCUUCAUGGCGGUGGAUGGUGUUGCUCCUCGCGCCAAGAUGAAUCAACAGCGCGCGCGGCGAUUCCGGACGGCUUUGGAUGCUGAGACAGCUCAGGAGAAGGCCAUCAAGCAAGGAAUCGAGAUGCCUAAAGAAGAUGCUUUCGACAGCAAUUGUAUUACACCCGGUACGGAGUUCAUGGCGAAGUUGACGGAGCAGUUGAAAUAUUUCGUCAGCAAGAAGGUGUCGGAGGAUAAAGAUUGGCAAGGAGUCGAGAUUGUACUGUCGGGCCAUGAGGUCCCUGGUGAAGGCGAACACAAGAUCAUGGAAUAUAUUCGGCGUUCGAAAGCACAGCCUGAAUAUCAUGCGAAUGUCCGCCACUGUCUCUACGGGCUUGAUGCGGAUCUGAUCAUGCUGGGGCUGCUGAGCCAUGAUCCCCAUUUCUGUCUGCUGCGUGAAGAAGUGACCUUUGGUCGUCAAACGCAGAAGAAGCCGAAGGAGCUUGAACAUCAAAAUUUCUACCUCCUGCAUUUGAGCAUGGUACGAGAAUACUUGGAAAUGGAAUUUCAGGAUUUGGAAAAAGAAGGUGCUGUCGGGUUUGACAUGGAACGAGUUAUUGAUGACUUCAUCUUGAUGGCUUUCUUCGUUGGAAAUGACUUUUUACCUAAUCUGCCUAAUCUGCAUAUCAACGAGGGCGCCCUGGCAUUGAUGUUCAAGAUCUACAAGGACAUCCUGCCGAAGAUGGGCGGCUACAUCAACGAAGGGGGAGAGAUCCACAUGGACCGACUAGGCACUCUCCUCGACGGUCUGAGCGAUGUGGAGUAUCGCUUCUUUGAAGCCGAAUACUCGGAUGCGGGUUGGAUUAAAGCCAAGAGAAAUGGCGCGGAAGGUUCCUCGGGAGCCCAGGAGAAGCCAAGGGGUCUUACCAUCACACCACAGCAGAAGACCAUGCUUAAGGACGUCAAGAAGUAUGUUCUGAAUCGACCUGAAAAGGCGGAACAGACAAACCCUCUUGACUUCCCACCUACGCUGGCCGCUCGUGACCGGAGGUUCGUGGAGCAGCUGGCAGACGAUCUCCGGCUGCCAUGGACCACUGUCCCGGAUGAACACGGCGAGCGUUUCAUUAGGCUCCAAUACCCGGAACGCGAAGGGGAGGACAGUGACGAGGAAGACGAGGAGGCUUCCAUGGCCGUUCAACGUAUCAUCCGGAAGUAUGAGAACGCCAAGGUCGAGGAGUUGUCUGCAGAAGACGCCCAGAAGGCUGCGGAGAAGAAAUACCAUGAAAAGUUCCAGGAAUGGAAGGAUAAAUACUACGUCACCAAGUUUGGUUGGGGACUGGACAACCACGAAGAAAUGAGGAAGUUGACGGAGAAUUACGUGCAAGGUCUGCAGUGGGUGCUCUACUAUUACUACAGGGGCAUUGCGUCCUGGCCGUGGUUCUUUGCCUAUCAUUAUGCACCCAUGAUUUCUGACGUGAAGAAAGGCCUGAAAGCAGACACCAACUUCCAGCUGGGCCGUCCGUUCCGACCUUAUGACCAACUGAUGGGUGUGCUCCCCGAUCGAAGCAAGAAAAUCGUGCCAGUGGCAUAUCACGAUUUGAUGACGUCGCCAGAGUCCCCAAUUAUCGACUUCUAUCCUCGGGAUUUUGAGUUAGAUAUGAACGGAAAGAAGAUGGAGUGGGAAGCAGUUGUCAAAAUCCCUUUCAUCGACGAACGCCGUUUGCUGGACGCUCUGGCCACGAGAGAACACCUCUUGACACCCGACGAAAAAGCGAGGAACGGAUAUGGCACCAGUCUGAAAUUCACCUACUCUCCAGAGGUGCAGUACGUUUAUCCCUCGUCUCUGCCGGGUGUUUUCCCUGAUCUCCCGGCUUGUCACUGCGUGGAAAAUAUCUUCGAUCUGCCCACCAUGGAGGGUCUGGAGCCGUACGCUGGGCUGGUCGAUGGUGUCCAGCUCGGAGCCGCCGCGCUGGCUGGCUUCCCUAGCUUGAAGACCUUGCCACACUACGGCCACCUGGCCUUCCAUGGUGUCUGCGUCUUCCAGCAAGAAAGUCGCAACGAAAGUAUGGUGGUCACGAUCCUCGAACCUGGAAACAGGUCAAGCAGCGAGCUGGCCAAGACGAAGCUGGGACAGCGAGUGUACGUCGGAUAUCCGUUCCUCCAGGAGGCACUGGUUGUCCGUGUUUCAGACGAGCUUUUUGAUUACACCUUGCCCGAAGGCGAACAACACGUGGUUGCGACCCCUCAUACUGAAUUUCAAAUUCAGCAGUGGAAGAAGAAGGCCGAUAGGAUUGAGGGUCAAUAUGGUAGGAGAUUGGGUAUGGUCAUCGGCUCGGUGGAGUCGAUGGUGCAUGUCCAACCCCUCAAGGGCUUGGUCAAGACGGAUGAAGGAGCUACAAUGAAAGAGUUCAUGGAUAUCCCAGGCCAAGAACCUGACCACGCCCUGCAAUUGAUUGUCGAUGAAGUGAUCAACCCGGACGAACGGUUCAUUGAGCGCGAAGCUUUGCCGAUCGAGGAAGAGUUCCCCGAGGGCUCUCGGGCCUUUUUCCUGGGCGAGUUUAACUACGGCAGGCCGGUGCAUAUCACCGGAUAUGAAGAUGGCAAGGUGAAUGGGUUGAUUGCCUCCGUCAAGGGCCGGGAGCCUGAAUUUGGCAGGGAACGUGCGAGAGAAGCCGAGCGUUUCUGCCCGUAUAUGCCGUCGUUUGCGAUUGCACGGAACCUGCGAUUGAACCCGCUGGUGUUGGCCAAGAUCACAUCGUCCUUCUCCGUGGACAUCGACGGAUCGCGCGUCAACCUUGGUCUUAACCUGAAGUUCGAGGCCAAGAAGCAGAAGGUCCUUGGGUAUUCCCGUCGCGGAGACUCCGGAUGGGAGUUCAGCGCCAAGGCUGUCGAGUUGCUACAGCAGUACAUGAUCAAGUUCCCCGAGUUCAUUGCUGGCAUCCAACGAAACCCUCAGAAUGAUCGCUAUAAGCCCACGGACUUCUACCCGGAAGACGUUGCUCUUGCUAAGAUGCAAGAAAUUCGCGAUUGGCUGAAGGCUAUCGAAUCCAAGAGCUUUGAAAGGGUCCCUCUCGAUGCCGAGCAGCUGGAUUCGGAUCUCGUCAAGUUGAUCGAACAAGAUGCGGACGCACUGCAUCACAAUCAGCCGCCCAUGCAGGCGAAGAAGAUCCGGGGUGUUCCUCGCAGCGCUCUCCUUCGCCCUGCGGAUGUCGAGCAGAGGCUGGGUAACCAGAGCUUCAAGCUAGGGGACCGAGUGGUCUAUGCCCAGGACUCCGGCAAAGUGCCCAUCGCGACCCGCGGCACCGUGGUUGGACUCACCCGCACAUCCCGAGCCGUUCUUCUCGACGUGGUGUUCGACGCUUCGUUCAUGAGCGGUACGACGCUUGGCGAUCGCUGUUCGCCCUUCCGCGGACAGACGGUCUUGGCGUCUUCCGUCCUCAACAUCUCAUACCGCCAGCUGUUGGCCGGCACCCGCGCGGGGGCUAACCAGCAACAAAGCCAACCUACACCUCUGACGGUGAAUGGAUACGGCGCACCUCUGGGGCCCGGUGGACAGGGCCAGCUGAGAGAGGCGUCCGCCCCUCCCCCACUGAACCACUCUUACCGCGGUGCCGUAUCCGGCGGUGGCAAUGGGCGCGGCAACUUCUCUCGUGGCCGUGGUGGACGCGGUGCUUUCAAUGGAGUCGGUGCGCCGACCACCCUGCCUUUCCGCCCUCACCCCAACGGGGGAGACUCGCAGGGCAACGGCCAAGCCCGUGGUGGUCGCGGUCGGGGCGCCGGGAAUGGUGGUCGUGGCCGUGGAGGCGGAAACCGUGGACGCGGCGCUUAUGUCACUAUCGACCAGAACCCGGAUGUGGGUGUCGUCGACAACCCCAACUUCCGGCCCCAGAAUUAUAACCAGGUGCCGCCUCCCAAGGGCCUCGAUCGAGGCAGGGGGCGAGGUCGAGGUGCCGGGCGUGGUGGACGGGGAGGACGGGGACGAGGGGCUGCUGCGGCGAGUGGUUCCGCUGAGACCAGUGCCUGAUACAGGCGGGUUUCUUCAAAAGGCGAUGAUGUUUUCGUCUCCCUCUUAUCCUUUCAGGACUCGGAUUGUCAGCUGCUGGAUGGGAAGGGUGGCAUGGGUUCGCAGCAUGACAUGCGACUGUCUAUAUAGCAAGCUGUGUCAUUCCAGUGGAUAGAAUUGAAACGGCCACAAUGGCCCUCGAUGGACCGAUCUUCUAGACGAUUGAAACCGUAGUAGGAACCAUUCGGCUAGUCAAGUAAUUCCCCGCAUCCUGAAAUGCGGAGAUGGAAAGUAUCCGCUAAACCAUGAC